AUGUCUGGUUUUAUGAGAUUAACAAAAAUCAAUAGGUUAAUGCAAAGGUCGGAAGAGAAUAUGAAAAAUUUGAAGUCCUUGUAUGCACCUCAAUUUAAUCGAGGGUAUGAUGACGAUUUGACUGUGAUUGGCAGAAUGAAUUGGAUGAAGAUCAGGCAACCCAAAAUGUAUCCUACUGGCAAAGAGGAAGAAACAUUCUAGGCUAGAAAUAUCUAGAGAUUCCCUGAACUCAGAGAUAGCUUGUCAAAUGAAAUUGAUCAAGUGCUUGAAUUCUUGAAAUUGAGAAACAAUGAAAAAUUGUCGAAAACAUUAAAGAAUGUUAAAGGAAACAAUGUUGAUGAGAAGAUAUUUAGAGCAAUGGAAUAUGACAUAAACUCAUUUAAGUAAUUAGAGGAAAAGUGAUUAUAUUCAAAAGAGUAAAUAUAAACCACAUUCACAACAUUUGGCUA